AUGAAGUCUAUACCUGAUGAGACCCCUAUCUCAGCUAUCUCCAUCCCUGGAUCACACAAGAGCUUAUCAUUACAUAUAUGUCAAGUUUGGCCCUUGGAUCAGCAGCUUAAAGUGGGACUGCGAUACUUGGAUGUUCAUGCUGGGUUUAAGUUCCUCACCGAUAAAGAUGUUAUUAUCCGUGACGGUAACUGGAAGCUUUCGCAAAGAAUUACAAUUGAUGAUGUCCUCAAAAAAAUUGUCAAAUUCCUAAACGACAAUAAAAGUGAGACUGUACUUUUAAAACUCACUAUAGGUGGGGUUUACAUGUCUACAGCUGAACAAUAUAUAAAGGAAUUAAUUCGGGAGUACCAAAGUAAAAUGUGGACUGAGUUGUCUGUACCAAAUAUGAAACAGGCGAGGGGCAAGAUCGUUUUUCUCCAGAGUGACACCUUCCGUAAAGGACCAAAAACUCGUAAAUCUUCUUUUUUUGAAGGUGACAAGCUGAACAAUAUUGAAGCCAAAAUAAUGAAGUCACACUUCUGUAAUGAUCACAUUGUGCUGACUGACACUGCGGAAUCAAAAAAUCCUAAAUCUUUGGCUCGAACACUUAACAAGAAGUUUAAUAACUUUGUGGAACAACAUAAGAAAAACCCAAAGAACAAGGGCUGCUUAGGUGUGCUGAGCUUUAACUUCCCGAGUGCUGAAAUGAUUAAGAACAUCAUUCAGCUGAAUCCGUGCAGCUGUGGUCCUGGAUCAGGAUCACCAACGUCUGAAGCGGGGCCGACAACGUCUAAACCAGAAACACCAACGUGGAACAUGAACGGGCUGCACUGA